AUGCCACUGGGGAAAAAGGUUCGCUCUUCUUCAGCUUCGGGAAGAUUAGAAACCCAACACGUGACCAGUAUAUCCUCCAGCAUCCUCUCUGAACUCAGUGCAGCGGAGAGCACAAGAAACCUAUCAAGGCCAAGAUGUCGGGGUGAGAAAGCAGACGACUUCUCAGCACCAAGACGAGUGGGUGUCGAUGAGGAUGAAAAAGAGCAGCCUGAAUGGUUGGUGCGAGAGCUGCUGAAACAGAACAGGCGGCGACACUCUGUCACGCUCGGAGAUACGGCUCAAACCAUGAGUCAACAACACCACGAUAUUGAUUCAACUCGGAGUCUCAAGAUUGAUGAGAAGAUAUCACUGGAGAACCUCCAGCAACUGAGACGAGCAUUUGAGGGUGAGUUCUGCGCCCACAUGCUGCAGGAGUAUAAAGAGAAGGAGGAAACUGCAAGACGCAGCAAGCAGGUGGCCUUCAUUUUACCAGCCACCAUGAAUGCCUCCGGUCAUGGCAUUCCCAUCGUCAACAUCCACUCGACCGGCGAUGGCACCGUCGUAACAGUGCGAGAGGACGGGUUUGUUUCCCUCUGGAGUCCUGAGCUUAAACCCCAGAAGACAAAACACAUGUUUAAUGAAGGACCUGCAAAUAGACGGUCGAAGUGGGCGAGUGACUUCACCAUGAUGACAGAGUACAACAAACUGAUGAUCGCAACAGGGGACAGAGAGCUCCAGCUUUACGAACUUUCCACCUUGCAACCUUAUUGUCAGAUCAAAGCCCUCGACACAAUACCUUUGACGGUAGACUACAGCUACACCGGCUCUGAUAAAUGUUGUGUUCUGUAUGGAGACACUGAAGGAUGUGUGACUAUCAUUUUAAUAUCCUCUGUUGCAGAUACCCUCAGAUUAUGGAAUAAACUACCAAAGGUUGAAAAUAUACCCACAGUAGCAAUAGACAAUGCAGUGCUGUCUCCAAAUGUGACAUUUGUCAGAUGGAAGGUCCAUCACGACUGGGUGACACAGGCAAAAUAUUUUCCCAGUUUUCAAGCUGUUGUCUCCUCAACAAAUGAAGAAUCUUCUUCUCUUGUUAUAGGCUGUGCACUGCCUUUAACUGACGCUGAGCAGCAGUUGAAUGAGAUCAGGGAAGCCUGCUAUGAGGGUAAAGCCAAGAAGAUCCAGCUGUGCUGGACAGCACAGGUGCGGGCAUCCUGCGAUCAGACUGUCUUUACCAUCUACAAAGGUGUCAAGGCCUUUGACCUUUGUCAAAAGCACAGUUUGCUGGUCACUGGAGGCAUGGACAGACUCAUACGCCUGUGGAACCCACAUUUUUCUGGGAAACCAACUGGUAUCUUAAAAGGCCACUCUGCUCCCAUCAUCUUCCUCUUCAUCUCCUCAGAGGACAGUCAGAUCUUCUCUGUCUCCACUGACAACACUGUUAAAAUUUGGCACAUUCAGGAUCAGUGCUGUCUGUUUACAGCAGACCCUAAAGCAAGCGGGAUCCAUGGUGAUAUAUCCGCAUGCUCCUAUUCCCCUGCUGUGAAAUGUCUUUACGUUGCCGCAGACUGUUUGGCUGUGCUCUCCCUGAAGCUGAGGCCACGGCUUCACAGUCGUUUGAUGGCUUCGCAUAAUGAGCCUGUAAUGUGCUGCGGCUUCAGUGAGGAGUUUCGUCAAGUUGUCAGCUGCUCUGAGGGAUCUGUGGUGAGAGUUUGGGACUUUGACACUGGGCGUCAGGUUUUUGAGUUCGGCGGCACACAUCGUCUGUCCUCCAUCACAUGCAUGACAUUUGACCCCAGUAGUAGAAGACUCAUCACAGGUGCAAGAGAUGGAUGUUUAAAGAUCUGGAACUUCAACAGUGGCCAGUGCCUUCAGACGCUAAAGAAGGACGGCGAAUGUCAUGAGGUGUGCGACUGUAUCUUCCUCAAAGUUCACAGGAAAUCCUAUGUGAUGUCUGUCGGAAGAGCCCGGAGGAUUGACAUUUACUUGGACAUACCUGAAGACUCUCAUCAUGUCCAGAGGCCGCAGCCUUCAUGGCAGGAUGAUCUGAAAAGCGGCCAUAAGGACGACAUCCUUUGUGUGGCACAGUGUCCUCCAUCUCUCCUGGCCACCAGCAGCUACGAUGGAGAGAUUAUAGUAUGGAAUGUGAUUUCCGGAAGCGUACAGUGUCGACUCGUCUGCCCUCUUGCAGCUCAGCGCCGAGAUGUUGAAGCUCUGGAUACAAGUGUUCCCAGCAUCAUUUUCAUGAAGAAUCUGAAGGUAAAGCAGCUUUCCUUGACUACAGCUCUCCUGUCGUCGGGGGCCAAAGGUUGCGUAAAUCUCUGGAAUGUGCUCGGCGGAGGAAAGUUUGUGAGCGCCCUCAAAGCGUCUAAAUUCCAACAAAAGAUAACAAACAUGGCCAAAACAGACAAGGACAUGCUGCUGUACACCGCUGACAAAAUUGGUUACAUCUAUGUUUACAGCAUGGAAAAGAUUGCCCCUGAGCAAAAAUCACCAAGAGCUGAAAACUUCUGGCGUGCUCACACCAGCGCAAUUACCGGCCUGCAGAUUGUUGACAAUGAUCAAGUGGUGCUUACCUCGUCCACUGACCACACUGUGCGCCUGUGGAGUGCACAAGGAGAAUUCAUCGGGACCUUUGGGCAGCCCGAGAGCUGGAAUGUCCACAUCCCCUCAUCCUGGAUGCAUCCUGGUGUCCCCUUUGAGGUUCUGAUUGAUCCUCUGAGUAUGCCAGAUCAUGAAAUACUGAAUGCAAAAACAUGUCAUUCUGAUGCCAUGAAUCCUGACAGGGCUGAGGCUGAUAGAGGGGAAGUAAAGACUUUGUGAUGAAAUUGUCAGGCAUACUAACAAGCUGUAUCGAACCGCUGCGCUGUGGAAGGAGCUUGAUACUG